AUGUUACGCGAUUCAUCUCUUGCUAGAUUGCAUGAAGAAAUAAUUGAUUUCUAUCAGUAUAUUUCUCCAAGACCAGAAGAGAAGAAUAUGAGAGAAACUGUUGUUGAAGGAGUGAAAGAAGUCAUACUAACUUUGUGGCCACAUGUACAGGUUGAAGUAUUUGGCAGCUUUCGGACUGGUCUAUACCUUCCUACAAGUGACAUAGACCUGGUAAUAUUUGGAAUCGAUGGCAAAGGAGCUUUUGAAGAUCUAGAGAAAGCCUUAAUGCAACACGAAGUUUGUGACCGAGACAACAUUAAAUGCAUUCAUAAUGCAAUGGUCCCCAUCAUUAAAUUGACCGAGAAAACCUGUAAUUACAAAAUGGAUAUCGAAUUUAAUAUUGAAAACAGUGUAAAAAGCGCCGAUAUUAUUCAGACAUAUAUAAGAAAAUACGAACCAUUAAAGUACCUAGUCUUAGUUUUGAAGCAGUUCCUAUUUCAAAGGGAACUUAAUGAAGUCUUCUCUGGUGGUGUCAGCUCAUACACACUUGUUAUGAUGGUAGUCAACUUCUUACAAUUGCACCCACGACGAUAUACAGAUCAUCCGGAAGCAAAUUAUGGUGUUUUGUUAAUAGAAUUUUUUGAAUUGUAUGGGCGUCACUUUAAUUAUCACACAACCUGUAUACGAGUUCGAAAUGGAGGGCAAUACUUGACCAAGGAAGAGGUGAGGAUCAAAUAUCAACCGUCGUUUCUAUGCAUAGAGGAUCCUGCAUUAUUCUCAAAUGAUAUAGGUAAAGGUUCUUUCCGAGCAGCUUUUGUAAAGCAAUCUUUCGAUUACGCUUAUUCUGUAAUGAGCAAGGCAGUACUAGAUAAUACUCCUUAUCCGAGGUAA